UGUAGAUGAGCGAGACGAUGAACGGUCGUGCUCUGCCACCAUCAAUACCUGAGGAUGGGGAAGCCCCAGACCACUUCCCUCAGGGUGGGAUGAAUGGUUACCACCAGAGGCUUCAGGGUGGUGAUGGGGGAGAGGCCGAGCUCCCGGUUUCCAAGUCCCAGAGGCGGAAGAGUGAUGUCAAAGUCUAUAAGGAGUUUUGUGAUUUUUAUGCUCGCUUCAACAUGGCCAACGCGCUGGCCAAUGCCAUGUGUGAGCGCUGCAAGAGUGGUUUUGCCCCAGCAGAGAAGAUCGUGAACAGUAACGGGGAACUUUACCACGAGCAGUGCUUCGUGUGCGCCCAAUGUUUCCAGCAGUUCCCAGAAGGACUCUUCUAUGAGUUUGAAGGCAGGAAAUACUGUGAGCAUGACUUCCAGAUGCUGUUUGCUCCCUGCUGCCACCAGUGUGGUGAGUUCAUCAUCGGCCGUGUGAUCAAGGCCAUGAACAACAGUUGGCACCCUGAGUGUUUCUGCUGUGAUAUCUGCCAGGCUGUGCUCGCCGAUGUUGGAUUUGUCAAGAAUGCUGGAAGGCACCUGUGCCGUCCGUGCCAUAACCGAGAGAAAGCUCGUGGCCUUGGCAAGUACAUCUGUCAGAAGUGCCACGCCAUUAUUGACGAGCAGCCUCUUCUGUUCAAGAAUGACCCCUACCAUCCUGAUCACUUCAACUGCAACAACUGCGGCAAGGAGCUGACUGCGGAUGCCCGAGAGCUGAAGGGAGAGCUCUACUGUCUGCCCUGCCAUGACAAGAUGGGUGUCCCCAUCUGUGGUGCCUGCAGAAGACCCAUCGAGGGCCGUGUGGUUAACGCCAUGGGCAAGCAGUGGCAUGUGGAGCAUUUUGUGUGUGCUAAGUGUGAGAAACCCUUCCUUGGACACCGUCACUACGAACGCAAGGGCCUGGCCUACUGCGAAACACACUACAACCAGCUGUUUGGAGAUGUUUGCUACCACUGCAACCGUGUCAUUGAGGGAGAUGUGGUGUCUGCCCUCAACAAGGCGUGGUGUGUCAACUGUUUCGCCUGCUCUACUUGCAACACCAAGCUCACCCUCAAGGAUAAGUUUGUGGAAGUGGAUUUGAAGCCGAUGUGUAAGCGCUGCUAUGAACGCCUGCCAGACGACAUGAAACGCCGGUUGGCCAAGCGUGAACGUGACUCAAAAGAGAAGAAGAAGAAAACUUUGAUACCCAUGAACAAGUUUGUGGAGUUUGACAUGAAGCCAGUGUGUAAGAAGUGCUAUGAGAAAUUCCCUCUGGAGCUGAAGAAGAGGCUGAAGAAGCUGUCUGAAACCGUUGCACGGAAGUAAACACGCAGUCGAGCAGCCAGGAGGGAGGGAGAGGUAGAUGAGACCCUAAUGUGGCCUUGCGAGGGAGAAGUCACAUCUACACAAUCGACAAUCAUGGUUAAGAUAGCAUUUGUGUGUUUCACAUCAGUGGUAUGUUAAAUUUUGGAUCCGUUAUUUUAGUGGCUUUAGUUACAGCUGCAAAACAUUUAGGGUCAUUUCAUGAGUCUGAAACUGACAGAUGGUUCGACAGGCCGUCAGUCAGAAGGUUUAACUUUAACCCGUUCAGUGCCUUUUGGCUCAAAUACAGUACUGUACUGUAUAUAUAUUCACAUGCUUGCCUUUUUUCACUGCUAGAUAUAUGUUAUACCCAAACACAUAUGAUGAGGGUCCGCUAUUUUAUGAUGAUGUACAGAAUAAACUUAGAAACAUGGGAAUAAUAAAACCUCUGUUGACAGAUUGUUAAGCUGUUUGCCAAUUUCUGUUUGACCUAUGUUACUGAUACUCUUAUAAUAGUAGAGUAAAACCCAAAGAAAGUUGAGGAAAAGAAUUCAGUUUUGUUGAAUGUUUAAUGUCUCUAAUAUUUACUGUUUUCCACCAAUAUGUAUUAUUUCAUUUAUUAUAAAUGCUUAUUUUCUUUGAUAUUGUACAAAAUAAGUUUAGCAUUAUAAAGUUGUUGUUUUUUUUCUUGCAUCAGUAUACUGUAUCCUCCCCAAUGCUUCAGAAAUGGAUUCAACCAUCCCUGAAGUUUGCUGGAUAAUCUUGUUAUGUGCUAUGAAUUGUAUAUGUGGAGCGAUAUCUAUGCAAACUGGUAUUUACACCUUGUUACCAGUUUAUUAGGUUCACUUGUACAAUCUAGUAUAAUAAAAAUACAGCAAUCCUGUGCAACACCACCACCAACUACUGCUCAUACAGCGUCAGAAAUGACCUUAUAGCAGAAUCAACACCUCAUACACCGUGUCAACAAAUACUGAACAUAAUAAGCUUCACUGUGGCAGGAUUUAUUGCAGGGCAAUUGGAAACUCUUGUGUGUUACAACUUGAUGGCUUGUGGCAUGUGCAGAGACCGGAUGUGAGAGCAAUGUUAGAUGUUAGAACAUGAGUCUCCACUCUUUGUAAUCCAAGGAAAGUGAUCCUCUUAGUGAGGUAUACAGACUUCCUCAAGGCUCAGACCCACUUAGGAAAGAAAGCCAAUUGUUAAAUGGUAAAAAAAAAAUAAUAAUUCCCAUUCAAAAAAUGUUUUGCUUGAGCAGUAUUUUACCAUAGAAAGCUUGUCUUUUAUAUAGCAGUUUAAUAGAAAGACACAUUCCACAAUUUCACAGAAACACAAACCACAUGUUUCUGUCCUGAAUUUCAUUACUUAUGCCAAACCAUUUCUCACAGGUCAUGUAGAGGUGCAACUACCUACUGGACUGUUGUGAAGCAGAACUUCAGCACCACUAAAAAUAGUGCAGUAUAAAGCUGUAUAUCUUACAACUAGAGUGACUGAGGUGACUCUACACAGAUAUACACAGAUAUGUAUUUUAACCUCACAAUGCUUGUCAAAAUACAGUAUUUAUUCAUGUAAACACACCAAAGUGCAUGUUUUAGACUUGAAUGGAAAGCUAUUGAUCAUAAUAUCAAAGAU